AUGUUGCUGUUGCUGUUGAGUCACCCCUGACUGGUAAUAGGCAGAUAGCGGAAAACAGCUAGAGGUGAUGCUGGAGAGCUUGGCAUCUUUGAACCGUCCCAGAGAGGGAAUAAAUGUGUUUUUCAAUUAGGAUAUCACCUCGAGCAUCUGUGCUUUACUUUACAAGACUGACGUUUUAUCAAAAUGAUGGAAGAAAUUGACAGAUUUCAAGUGCCACCGGUAAAUCCAGAGAUGAAGCUGCUGGAUCCUGCAGCAGCGUCUACUUUGGAGGCUGAAACAGAAACGAGAGAAUCCGAGACAGUUGCCAUCAACUACAAGCCCUCUCCGCUACAAGUGAAGAUAGAGAAACAGCGAGAGCUUGCGAGGAAGGGCUCGGUGAAGAAUGGAACUGUGGGUAGUCCAGUCAAUCAGCAGCCCAAGAAAAAUAACGUUAUGGCCAGAACAAGGUUGGUUGUCCCUAAUAAAGGCUAUUCAUCCUUAGACCAGAGUCCAGAUGAGAAACCGCUUGUAGCACUGGACACUGACAGUGAUGAUGACUUUGAUAUGUCCAGAUAUUCAUCAUCUGGAUAUUCCUCAGCCGAGCAAAUAAACCAAGACUUGAACAUCCAGCUGCUGAAGGAUGGCUACAGAUUGGAUGAAAUCCCAGAUGAUGAAGACCUAGAUCUCAUCCCCCCAAAAUCAGUCAACCCCACCUGCAUGUGCUGCCAAGCCACUUCCUCCACAGCCUGUCAAAUUCAGUAACCCCAGCCUCCCUUGAACCCCCCAGUCCCAACCCUGUGGGUUAAGCUCACAGUUAGCUUUAGAUUAACUACUAAAGAACUUAAAAAAAAACAACAACAAUAGAAUGGAUGUAUUAAAAUGAACAUAAAAUAGUGAAAUGUAAUGAAUGAAAAUGCACAAGUAUGUAACUGUCAUUGGUUCCUCCUAUGGUAGGAUGCGAGUCUUUGUAUCACCAGAGGGCGCUAGACUUAGGUGUGAAUAGCUUUAAGAUGCGCUGAGUUGUAUAUACAUGCAUGGUGCAACAAUAGAAGAAUACAACUGCUUAAAUAUCUUUUAAAAUUGAACAAAACUGAACAUUUCAUCCUUCUACAGAAUAGUUUUCCCAACAUUUUUGGCUUUUGGCCAAAUGAGAGAUCUGUCACAUUUAACUUAAUAGGCCUACUUACUUGAGAAAAAAAAGCUGAAAGAGUAAUAUCAGCAGACCUUAUGAUUUUAUUUUUAUUUUUAUAACUCCGUUUCUGUUUUAUAAGUUUUUCAAAUGAAAAUCAACAAUUCAGUUUCUUUCCCCGUUUUGGGAUUGCCUGCUCUAGACGCUUUCUGAUGUUAUUAGGAAAGGUGUGCUUGUUUUCUAAUGAAAGGGAAUGUAUAGUGACCGGGUGAAUUUGUUUCUCAUAAUUUUCAUUGCAAACUUACAUAUUAAUAUAUUAUGAGUAGCUUUGUAGCAAACACUAAUGAAGGGAAUACUCUUAAAUUGAGAUAUCCAUACCGGAAAUUGUAAACACUUAAAUGUUAGUUACUAAAGAUGUACCUCUACAUAGGACAAACAAGAUAAUCCGGUACUAUUUCCUGAUUCAGUGUGUUUCAUUUUUGAGAGCUCUUUGUUUCGAGGAACGUUGUGAUUUAUUAGGAAGGGAAGAAAGCUUGUGUUGAUGUAAUAGCAGCUGCCAGAUAAAUAUUCCAUCAUCUCUGUCAUUAGCAGGACAAAAAUACUAUACAUUUAGUUCAAUUAGCUUGUGCCAAAUGCAUAAAAUGCAUUGUUCCUUUAUUUUAUAGAUGGGACAUGCAUGAAAUUCCUACAGCCUGCAUUCAAAAUCAAUUUUACACUUUAGUGCUCUCGUCUUUAUAGUAAUUUUAAAGUGCAAUACCAUUUUGUGAGACAUUAAAUGUAGUACUCUGGAAUAGGAUGCUCUGCGUUUGAUGUUUUGCUUCAGUGGGAUACCUUUCCUUAAAAACGUAUUUAUUAAUUCAUCUCAGCUGUUUCAUUCAGUGACCAAAUCACUAUCACUUCUAAAAACACUCAUAGUAUGAAGGUCCUUGCAUUGAUUUGAAGACUGCACUGUGCUCUACAGUAUUUGUGUCUUCUUUUUGUCAUGCAGCUGUUGUUUGUUUUGUGCAGCUUUAAGAGCACUUUAUUGUCUUGCGUGUAUAUCGUCACUCAGUUGUCAUUGCCAGCUGUAUUUGGAUGUAGUUUCACCAAGCACAACCUAGUAACACUCCAGUUUUCAUCUUAUUUGGCAAAUUAAAAGAAUGUAUUAAGAGAGAUUACAAUAUAUAAUAGUAUAGAAAUCUAAUAUUUUGUUUCUUACACUACUGUUCAAAAGUUUGAGAUCAUUAGGAUUUUUAUUUUAAAUGUUUUAAUUUUUUCAGGAAGAAUGCAUUAAAUUGGCAGUAAAGACAUUCAUAAUAUAAAAAUAUUUCUAUUUCAAAUUAUUUUCUUUCAACAACUAUGGAAACAUUUUUCCUGCCAUGGCAAAAAUAAAUACGUUAAUUGAGACUUUUUAUCACACAAUUCAGACAUUAUUGCAAUUCAGUUUUUUUCUUGCAAUUGAGAGGCUUUUUUCCUUCACAAUUUCAACUUUUCUUUCAAAAGAAUUGUAUUGAGACGUAAAAACAGUCUAAAUUGUAUAAUCAAAAAGUCGCAAUUACCUUUAACUAUUUUUAUCCUGUUGAUGAAACGAGCUUCCAUCAUUUACUACAUUUGCAUCAUUGGAAUAAAUUAAAUUUUAAAAUAUAUAUUCAAAUAGAAAUCAGUUCUUUUAAACUGUAUUAAUAUUUCACAGUAUUCAUCUUUUUACUGUAUAAAUGCAGUCUUGGCGAGCAUUAGAGACGACUUUCAACAACAUAAAAAAAAAAAUCUUGCCAACCCCAAACUUUUGAACAUGAUGUAUGAAUUGACAGGCUUUUUGUUUUAAAUAUUGUGUAUUGGACUCACAAAUUUAGAACAGUGCUAUGUCAUUAGCCAGUUACAUAUUUUCUUUUUACUGCUUCUCAUAUGGAUACAAAACACAACAACUCCCCUAGACCAUUUCCCAAAUGCUUAUAUAUAUUCAUUAUAAUAAUAUGCAGACAAAUAUUUCCUACUACACUGCCGUUUAAAGGUGCAUUCACUCAGUAUUUUGUGUAUGUUGUGUCAUCGACACCAGCAUGAGCAUUACACAAACGCCAAUGCCAUUAUUAAUGUACUCCACAAAAGAAAAUGUCCUCUUAUGGCCAUGUUUCAGUGGUAUAGCCCUUAGCAUAGCAAUAGUUAACCUACAGAAUGGCCUGUUCAGUAGACCUACCCUAAAGUAGAUGGAGAAGUCCUCUUAAGACCGCCGUCUCUAAGCUGUCAUGCUACUUUACAGAUGUGCCGUAAGACCGACAGAUCUGUGUUGUGAUGAAUGAAGAUGUCUGUCAUCCCGUGUCAAUGCUUUGGUUAUUUGGUUCAAGAUAAAAACUCUAUUGUGUAACGUCUAAUUCACUUUCUGUUGCUACACUGAAGUAGAGUAUGCCUUAAGUAAAGCUAUACAAUGGGUCAUGCUGUUUAUUGUUGGCGGUAUGUUUUUAAUUUAUUGGUAUACAGGAUUUUGUUUAACAUUUUGUAUUUUUAGUCUAUUUUCUUUCCUACAUUUUCUCCCCCUCUGUCGAUAAAUAUGAUUGUAAAGACAUGAACCGUUUCCACAGCAGUAUUUAUUAAUGUUUGUUGUUCUGUGUAGUGAAACAUAUGAGUAAAUACAUCUGAAAUUACAAUUGCAA